CAUGCUGGACCACCCUCUGGGGCUGCCCCAGAACGCACACCUGGUGGGUCGGUGGCUUCGCCCCUCUGGGGCUGCCAAGAGAUGGCUCAAGCGGCAGGCUGCUUUUCUGAAAACCAGUUCCGGGAGGCCUGUGCUGAGCUCCAGGAAUGGGGUCCAGGAGGGGCCAACUGGGAAUUGCUGGUGAGGACCCUGGGCUUCAGAGUCUACAGGCGGCGAUACCAGCAGACUGGACUUUAUGAGUAUAAAGUCUUUGGUGUUCUGGACGAUUGCCCACCAGAUUUAUUCGCAGCUGUCUAUAUGGACUUAGACUACAGAAAACAGUGGGACCCAUAUGUUCAAGAAAUACAAGAAAAGCGAUGCAGUGGAGAAACCGUGGUGUACUGGCAAGUGAAGUACCCUUUCCCCAUGUCCAACCGGGAUUUCGUCUACAUACGAGAGCAUCAAGAGCUGGAUAUGGAAGGGCAGAAGAUCCAUGUGGUCCUGGCCCAGAGCACUUCUGUGCCUCAGUUUCCUGAGAGGUCUGGUGUGGUCCGGGUAAAUCAGUAUAAGCAGAGCCUGGCGAUUGAGAGUGACGGCAAGAAGGGGAGCAAAGUUUUCAUGUAUUAUUUUGAUAACCAGGAUCUGCAAAUUCCGACCUGGAUCAUUAACAACUUCGUCAAGAAUAAUGCUCAUGAAGUCCUGAGGAGGAUAGAAAAUGCCUAUCAAAACUACCGAGGGUAACUUCAGUAAGGGCAUCAUGUGUUUGUGUAAUGAAGUCUCUGGAAGUGCCGCAGCCCAGUGAUGUGCAGCUUUCCUUUCCCACUUCCACCUUCAGAGGCUGGCACACUGUCUCGCACAUCGUCCCCAAGUGUGUUUGCUGAUGCCUGGCUUCUUCUCCCAGUUUCCCCACCCUGGGACUGGCUGCCUUCUUCCACUAUUGAAUGUGGGUCAGAUGAGGGAAAUUCUGCUGGUUUAUUUUUAAAAAGGGAAGUCCUCAGUGGGGAACACAAUCA